UAUUUUUGUCGGUCAGAUUGAAUAUGUCCGAGCUGAUAUCAGUAGCCUGAGGGAAUUGUACAGAAGCGGGUCUCGAAAGCAGAACGAAACAGAGCUCAGAGUUGAAAUGUGAACAGCAAUUACUAAAUCCAAAGUGAAGAUAUUUUAGGGAAAUUCUGCCAGCGAUCAAUAGUAUUAAUUAGUGCUACACACAGCCCAAUCAAGUUCAUCUCGAUGACGCAUCUGUCAGCAUGGACUUCCGCAGCAACAAUGCUGAUGCUGCAGCUCGCAGUGCCACUCCUCCUGCUGAUGGUUCAACAGUUUUCAACCUGCUCGGCUGUCAGUCACAAGGUUGACAAUUUUGAUGGGCUUGCUGAAGCCUCCAUGACCGGGUCCAGGUACAGGGAGCACAACGAGAACAGCUUUGACAUGCAUUAUGACAACUCGAGCCCCGACUCCAGCCCUAGCCAGCUGCUGGCCAACAAUGGGACGAGGAUACUGCGACGUGGCAAGCGAUAUCUUCAGUUCAGCAAGGGAUCCCGUAUGUCGUGGCGCACCAAUGGGAAGAACACUCUGCUGACAAUCAAUACGUUGUACGCCUAUGGCUAUGGCUUCCGCACCAAUUAUCCCUUCCCGUCAAUCGAGGAGCAGAAAAAGGAUAAUGCCGUCUUCUUUCGCCUCUUUAAGCGGGAUUUAUUCUCGAAACUGGAGACUGCUCUGGAUGGCCAUGGAUUCGAUGGUCGGGCCUGUAUGCUGAAGUCCUUUUGCACGGCCGUUCUCGAUGUGGACAAGUCGGAGCAGAAGAGCGGCAUGCUCUUCAAGCUUCUCAAAUUGGUAUUCAGCAGGGCAAAAAGAUACCUGGAUAUAAUAGAAACCACUCGCAUAUUUGUGGGUACUCAAAUAUUUAAUCUGGGCAAUCGCUCGUUGCUUAUACCGAAACGCUUUUCCCAUUUUUCCAUCAAGUUCCGCGUGAAUGCCAAGAACAAUGUGAUCGCCUCGCCCAUUGUCUGGGCGCAUGGCUACGGCUUUAGGGCCAAUACCCCAGUGCUGGUUAAGCGUGAGAAUCGACCCUUUAGAAGAGACACCUAUGAGCUGCUCCACGAGCUAAUCGAUCGGAGUGGCUUCGAUGGGCGGGCGUGUGUACUGAAGGCCUAUUGCACGGCUCUGGCCGGGGAUCAUGGUCAGGGAUUUCUCUUUAAGCUUUUAAAAUAUGUCUUUACCCUGGACGAACACGAAAAGCGUCAUAUGCCGCAUCUGCGCGAGGAGAACUGCGAACAAAUCAUGCAUAGCCACUGCCCAUUGAGCUUUGACAGCAUUUCCCCCUACACGGAUGAUGUUUAACUACAUCUAUACCUACCAUAUGGAUUUGUUUCCUUUUGCUUUCAAAAAUAAACAACAACUGAGAUUGAAUUGGAUGUGAAAAUAGAAAUAUAAA